UCAGGCUUCAAAUCAAACUAGUAACCAUGAAUCAAAACAAAAUUCUUGAAAAAUUACAGUAAAAUAAUAUCAGAUUAAUUCCAAAAAUGAAAAAAAAGUAACCAAGUUGCUCUCGAUUUCUUGAUGUCUAACGUUGAGCUACCAGAUCAUCUUGAGAAUAUUAAUAAUUCUCAAUCUUAUCAAACGUCAACAGAUGAGCUAGUUGUUUUGCUACAAAAUACUCAGAAUGAAGCUGAAGAUUCAUUUAAAGACCUUCCAGUGGUACCUUUUCGAGUGGAUAAUAAUCAUGAAGACCCUUGUUCAAGAAGGAACAGUGAUAUGUGUAGGAUUUGUCACAUGGGAGGAUUUCCUCCAGUAACAAUACCCCAGCAAAUAUGGGAAUGGUCGAAGCAAACUACUACAACACCAAGAGUAGAUAGCCAGAUCUCCAAUUUUUCCACCUACGCUUAUCUUGGACCCCUAAUAUCUGCAUGCAAAUGUCGGGGAACAGUUGCUUUAAUCCACGUCGAAUGUUUAGAACGAUGGUUAACGGAAUCAGGACACUCACGAUGUGAAUUAUGUGGUCACAAAUAUUCAACAAAAAGAGUUCCACGACAUGGAAUAUUCCAGAGUAUUUGGAUAUGGUUCAAUACAGUUAUUGUAACACGUCAGAUGAUUCUGGAUGUUUUAUACCUCGUAGUUACUACUCCACUUGCUUUAUUCUCUAUUUACAUCUGCGCAUUGACUGUAAGAAUCAUGCUAAAUAGCGGCUUUUAUGAAAUUCCUUGGAUAAUAAUUGCAAUGCUACCAACUUGCUCUCUGACUCUCAUUGCUUAUUGGACAUGGAUUAUUACCAUUGGCAGGUACAUCACCAGACUUCAUGGUAGACGAUGGCGUCGAUUCUGGCGCAACAAUUUUGUCGUCAGACUCUUACCAGAUGAUCCAAGUGUCAGGAGUGAAGAGGUAGAUACACAAAGUCACUCUGGUAAUUCAACCCGUAUUUUAAAUGAGGAAGAACAAGUUGUUGAAGAGCAGCAAGAAGGAAUAGAGUAUUUUCUCUGAAUAAAUAACAUUUUCAUGCUAAGAUGCAAUUUAGAGUUGAUGGCUUUUACAGGAUUACUAAGAUUGUAAGAUUUUUCAAAAUUUUAUCAAAUAAUUGAA